GACCUCAAACCGAAUAAUGUGUUGAUUACAAGCUAUGGGUGGAUAAAGUUAUGUGACUUUGGUUUGGCUAAAGAGGUCCCAAAUUGUGAUCUGUUUAAAGCAUCCAAAGCAGAACAUACCGCAGAUGUCGGGGACCUUUCAUAUCAGGCACCAGAAGCCCAGACUAAUGAAUACAACCAUUUAAUAGAUAUCUACAGUCUAUCCCUAAUUGGGGCUCAAAUUUUUGGGUUCGAUGCAAACGAUAUAAUCGACGGAAAAUUGGAAGCAAAGACCCGAAUGUUGGCGCAUUUUAUCACAAUUGGCGACAUUUAUGACAAA